UUUAAUUUAUAACCGGAAGCUGAUGCAGACAUACUGCAAAAUUAUCCAGAAGAGGGUAUUUUCUGGAUUUGUACGUGAUGACAUUGUAAAGUUACCAUACAGCAUGAGUUGGCGUGGACACAGACGUCGCUAUGAUGGGGACAGACACAUGGGAUUUCAUAAUGAUGGCAGAGGCAGGGAUGAUGCUUAUGGAGACGUGGAUGAGGGCUUUCAGCAUAAUGAUGGAUGGAGACGCAGAGAUCGUGGCAGACCUGAUUAUAGAAGAGGCCAUGGUAGGGGAGGUCAUGAGGAAGGCAAUAGACGAGGUAGACGCCCAUCUGGUCUGAGAGGUAGAGACAUCGGAAUGUUUUAUGCAGCUCGUAGCAAGGCCAAGAAAGAAAGAAGAGAGUUGGAGGAGAGACCCUUUGUUGCCAUGGAAUCCAGUGAUAUGAACAAAAUAAAGGCAGUCUUAGAUUCUGUGGAGGAUCCACCAAGAGGAAGGGUCCAUGACAAUACAGAUAAAUGGAGACCUAGAACAGCUCCAAGCUCAGGAAGAGCAACAACUGCAACAUGUACUCAAGACGAGAAAAAUACAAGGAGACCAUCUUCAGGAAUCAAAAUUGAGAAAAAUACAGCACUAGAAGCCAGCAGUCUUAUGGAGGAAGCAAGUGGAUGGGAAGCAUUGGCCUCUGAGGAAAAGAGAGUAAAGAAAUUCAGAACUACUGAAAGUAAAGUAGAGAAAGACUCACCUGAAAGCAGUCAGCCAGCAUCUUCAUCAAAUGCAGAAGAAGAAGAUAUUUUGGAGGAUAUCAUGCCAAGUGUUGAAGAUUUAAAGGAAUUUUCUGAAGAUCUAGACCAGAUUUUACCAGCAAACUCGGAUUUAGAUUUUGAUGAAGAGGUUAAUCGUCAGCCAGAUCUUGAUGCAGAAUUGAAAGAAGAGUUGGAAGAAAAAAUGAAGAGUUCAAAAUAUAGGAAUAUGUUGUCAAGUAGACAACGGCUGCCUGCUUACAAACAGCGAAAGGAGAUUAUUCAGUUGAUCAACUCCAACCAAGUCAUUGUAUUGAGUGGCGAAACAGGAUGUGGAAAAACUACUCAGGUACCACAGUUCAUAUUAGAUGAUCAUAUAGAGCGUGGAAUGGGAUCAAUGUGCACUGUUGUUUGUACUCAACCAAGAAGAAUAUCUGCUAUUUCAGUUGCAGAGCGGGUGGCGGAGGAGAGAGGAGAAAAGUGUUAUGAAUUUGACAGGAGUUCUUCUGUAGGCUACUCUAUUAGAUUAGAAAAUCGACUGCCUAGGAAGAGGGGGUCCAUUUUGUUUUGCACCACAGGUAUUAUAUUGAGAAGAUUGGAGUCGGAUCCAACUCUGAAGUCAGCAUCACAUAUCAUCAUUGAUGAAGUUCAUGAGCGAGAUGUACUGUGUGAUUUCCUGAUGGUAGUUGUGAAAGAUUUGUUGGCAAUCCGCCCUGAUCUACGUAUUAUUCUGAUGAGUGCUACUCUGAACGCAGAGAAAUUUUCUAACUACUUUAAUAAUUGCCCGCAUAUCAAUAUACCUGGAUUCACCUAUCCUGUAAAAGAAUAUUUCUUGGAGGACGUCUUACAGCUUACAGGGUACUUUCCAAAAUCAACGCCUCAAUCUGGAUUUAGAGGAAAACGAGGACGAUGGAGGAAACAACAGCUGGAGAAGGAGGAGGAGGAGAGGUGGAACACUGAAGCGUGGGCCAGGAACCUCCCAACCAACAAGUACUCAGAUAAAACAAUAUCGGCUGUAAUGCAGAUAGACAUGAAGAAAAUUGACCUGGAUCUCGUUAUGGAGGUGAUACGUCACAUAGUGAACUAUAUGAAGGAUGGAGCUGUUUUAGUUUUUGUUCCUGGGUGGAAGGAAAUAUCAGAUCUGAAUAAGAUGUUACUGGAAGAUUCCAAGAUGAACAAUGGAAAACUGCGUAUUGUUCCAUUACAUUCCUUAAUGCCCACUGUGAACCAGAAAGAAGUCUUUGAUAGACCACCUCCAGGAAUUCGGAAGAUUGUCAUAGCAACAAACAUAGCAGAAACAAGUAUAACAAUUGAUGACGUUGUAUACGUUGUGGACUGUGGGUUUAUCAAAGUCAACGACUUCCAACCAGAGACAGGAUUAUUGUCUUUGGAUAGUUACCAAGUGUCUAGAGCCAAUGCUUUGCAACGCAAAGGCAGGGCUGGAAGAGUACAGGCUGGCCAUUGUUUCCAUCUGUUUACAAGUCUGCAGUACUCAGAAAUGAAGGAGUACCUAGCACCAGAGAUACUGAGGACUAGGCUGGAGGAACUCUGUUUGAUGAUUAAGAUUCUGAAGUUAGGAAAAAUUGAACCUUUUGUGAGCAAGGCUUUGGAUAUUCCCUCAGGAGAGGCUGUGAAAGCUGCCAUUGUCACCCUCCAAAAUUUACAAGCCUUGGAUGAUGAUGAAGAGUUACUCCCCUUAGGGUAUCACUUGGCCCGUCUUCCACUUGACCCUCACACUGGGAAAAUGAUUCUGUUUGCUGCCAUGUUUGGCUGUCUGGACCCUGUGUGCCUCGUUGCAGCAUGUCUCAGUUUCAAGUCGCCGUUUGUUACACCACUGGGCAAAGAAGGUCUUGCAGACAAGUGCAGACAAGCUUUUGCAGAAAGAAGCAGGAGUGAUCAUAUUAUGCUCAUCAAAGCAUUUAGGAGAUGGGAGAAGGCUGCUCGCCAAGGAAAUGGUGGAAAGUUCUGUUAUGACAAUUUUAUGUCAGAGACUACUCUCAGGAUGCUGAAAAAAAUGAAGAAGCAGUUUGCAGAGCUACUGUGUGAUAUUGGAUUUGUGAAUUCUCCAGAUCCAAACAGCCGAUUGUCUAAUGUUCACUCAGACAAUGAGAAUUUGGUAACUGCUGUUCUCUGUGCUGGUCUAUAUCCCAAUGUUGCGAAAGUUACAAAACCAGCUAUUCCUGGAAAAAGGUGUGUUGCUGUUCACCUGCAGAAUGGAAUGAAGGCCUCUCUCCACAAGCAGUCUGUUAAUUCUUUUGGGACAUUUUUCCCAUCGAAGUGGUUGAUUUACCACAAAAUCCUGAAGAUGCAGACAAUAAAUGUCUUUGACUGUAGUAUGGUAUCACCAUACCCUUUGUUGUUCUUUGGAGGAAAAAUCACUUACAAUGUCACAACUCUGAAUGGAAGGGAAAGAGAUUGUAUAACCGUGGAUAAUUGGAUUCCGUUCUGGACAGAAAAAGCAACGUUUGAUCUAGUCAAGGACCUGAGGAGGCAGUUGGACAGGAUACUAGAAGACAGGAUUGUAUCACCGAAGGUUAUUGAUUUGACUGUUAAAUCCAGGGAGCAGGUAAUCAUUAACGCCAUUGUGGACCUCAUCUCUAAAGAGGAAGUGAAUUACCACAACUUCUGUGAGGGUGAUUUUGAGGAUCCCACAGAGUACAGCUAACUGAGAUUACCGAGAACUUUCUACUCGUGUAUUCGACCAGAGAAAUCUUCUGGAGAAUGGCUAGUCCUGACAUUAUUCGCCAACAUACAGGGAAGUGAGAAUUUGUCAGGUCAAGUUCAAGUUUGGGAGGAGCAUUACUUCAUCUUUACGUUGUAGAGUGCAGUCACUGUGCCAAAAGGAGAUGUUGCUGAAGUUGUGGCACUGCAACUUACUCCUGAAUCUCGUGAGUGUGAGAACUUGAGGGAGUGACUUUGUGUAGCAUUUAGAUAGAAAGUGAACAAUGAACCAUACAUGGUAAAGGCCAAUUUGGACUCCACAGAAUGACUUUCAAUUUGUUGAUUUUAAUUAAAAGGGUUAUAAACAACAACAAAAAUUCCAGGCCUGGAGGUUAUAAAGCUUUUUUGAGCACGUGUUAAUUAAUGACUCAAACUCUGUGCUCCAAAUCGUACUCGUACUCCUAAAUGAAGGUUAUAAAACUUUUUAAAAAUUAUUCUCAUUCUCGAAUGGAGUAUAUGCUCAAGAUUUUUUGCGAAUGCUGGGAGCUUGCUCAGAGUUGUACUCAAAGCAAACAUGACUGAGUUCAAGUAUGAGUACGGUAAAUGUUUUAUAACCUCCAGGCCUGGUGAUGCUAUGAAGAUCUGACAUCAUGAAAGUUGUACAAAUGUAUGCAUUUUCUUGGAUUCAUUUUGAUUUCAUUAAGGAAAUGCUGAUGAUGCACCCUGAAUAAUUCUUAUUGUUACUGAUUAUCAUUAAUAGAAAAAUUAAUCUUGUUCAAAAAAGAGGUUAAGCAUUGAAUAUGACAUUUUCAGACAAAACGUUAACGGCAAAUAAUCAAAUGCCUCAUUUCUGUCAGACACCAAAUGGGAAAAAAUUCCCAAGAAUUGAGGUUUUAGACUUGUUUAGUAUUCAAUACUCAGACAUUCAAUCGAGUACCCAAUUAACCAGUACUCAUUGACAUCCCUAGUACAUACCAUUUCUUUUAGCAACAAUUCUAGUUGAUUUACAAAAUAUUUUGGUUCACAAAAACGAAUCUAGAGCCUUUGACCCAUUUACAGAUUUCUAAGACUUUUUUUAUAGUCACACAUCAUGCGUAGAUCUUUCUCAGAAUUCUUUUAAUUCUCGAUGAACUUACCGUUGUGCAAUUGUUCACUGCUCAAAAACAUGAAAUAAAUUCUUGGAAAUGAU